AUGAUCAACUCUGUUUUUGACAAUACUGUGAAAGAAUACCUUGAAAAUUUGGAUUUUACUUUUCACGAUCCAAUAUUAGGUGAACUAAACGGGACUAUAUCAGAAGACGAAAUUGUGAAAGCAUUAAUUGAAUUGAAACCUGGGAAAUCACCAGGACCAAAUGAAUAUGUUUACGUUGGGUGUUAUAAAGAAGACUUGGAUGACAGGGCCAUACCUAUUAGUUUCGGUGGACAGCUCCCGCAAGACCUUACACCAGAGCAGACAAUUCUCAACUGUGCAUCCAAGAUCCACCGACGGAAUGAUGCUUUUGAAAUAUUUGCUUUGAUGGCCAAUCGUAAGUGUUUCUCAGGUCUGACUGCAGCCGAUACCUAUGCCAAACAUGGGCCAUCGAAUGACUGUAGUAUAUCCGCUGAUGGCGACCUAUCGUCCAGGUCUGUUUUUGCCUUUGUCAAAACCAGUGUAACAUGCCAAAAAGAAAUGAUGAAUCUCGCCUGUGACCAUGGCAGAAUUCAGAUUCUUUCUGCAACCUAUGGGCGUGGCGAUGGGCUGGGUGAGGAAUGUGGUGACCCGACUAUGGAACCCGCUGAGUGUUUCGCAACCGACACCUUAGACAUAGUGAAAGAUUUAUGCGAUGGCGAGAUAACAUGUACUAAGAACACCGUCAUGUCUGUAUUUGGCGACCCCUGCAAUAGUGCACCAAAACAUCUCGUAGUCCGUUAUUAUUGUGGUUAA